AUAACCCAUAAAUUUCUCUCUAAUUCAACUAUCACAAAUGACAGAAAUGUCAUAUUUAAAUUUUGAAAUUUGGCGGAAAUAUUAAAAAAUUAAUCCGAAAACUCUAUUCUUAACAAUUUUACAAUUAAAAAACUUUUUGAUAGUUUGAUUAAAUCCCCCAUGGCCACAAGCAGUUUAAACCUUAGUAAAUCUAUGAAGGGGACAACAAAUGAACAUUUGAGGAGAGUUUAUAAUACUGGGAACCAAGGCAGCACCAUUCAAAAGAAAAGAGGCUCAGUUAAAAAACACAAUUGUUUAAAUUCAGUCGCACGUAGUGAAAUCUGCAUUGGAUCAAAGAACAGCACAUCUAGACCUGUGACCAGAAGGUCUACACCUCAAAGUCAAUCAAAAGCUGUGUCUGAGCGUACGACGGGGUUAAGUGAUAUAACUCCUCAUAACGACGCCGAUAAUAUGCUAAGGUUCCUUCAAAAGAAACGCCCAUUAAGAAACAGAAGGGAUCGCAGCGCAAGUCAAUCUAUCCAGGAGCCCCAAAACAGUGUACCGGUUAGUAGAAGGGGCUCUGAACCCAAUAGUAGCCGACAAACUGUAAGUUCUGCAUCCCCUAUUGGGAAUAUAGCUGAGAGUGAUGCUGCUGACAGAUUAUACAGUGAUGAAGUGUCUACACAAGCUGAGUCUAAGAAUAAUAAGACUUGUGUGUUACCAGACAGUGAAGAGCAUGAAUAUCUUCUUUUCUUAUUGAGAAUCACUGAGGAUAUUAUCUCUCAAGACUUCUACUCUAAUAGUGAUAUUAAGAAGAUUUUUAAAUCUCAUGUAGACUUAAACAAAAAUAGGCUUAAUCAGAGAAAAAUGUAUCAGCACAUAAACAAUCUCUGUAAAGAGCUUAACAUUGACUGCAAAGACUAUGAAACUCCAGAUACUUCCCUGGCGCCUAUGCAAAUGACACUCCAAACCACCCCACGAAAACACCGACACGUCUUUAAUAACGAGUCAUUCAAAAAUUGCCGGGAAUGUUCCACCUUAAGAGCUUCGUCGUUUAAUCACCUUCACAAUGCUUUUGAGGAAUUCCAUACUUUAAGUGACAAGAGUAUUAGGGACAGCAGUUCUAUUAGCCCCAGUUUGAUCAAACUAUUAGAAAAAUUAAGCUUAAGUAGAGUAACAGAGUGUACCGAGUCAGUUUCAUCUUGCACCCCAAUCACUUCAAAUGCAGUGAUACAAAGUCCAAAACGAGACAUUAAUUAUGAUAAAGGACCCAUUGAUUUUGAGACAUUUGUUAAGGAACUAAAGGAACAAAAAACAAUAAAAGAAGGAACUACAAAAACCCCUGACUUUAUAGAGUCAGCACCUUCAGCAACCGAUGCUGUUUCACUGCAAGUGAUAAAAGAUUCAGCAAAUUUAGAAAUUACUAAAUAUCCCGAGCAGUUGGAGCAGAUAGCGUCAGCAACAGCAGCUGCAGACAGCAAAACUGACUUAGAAACUUCGGAAAAAGAGGCAGUCAGUAGCAUGACAGUGUCAGAAAAAUACGAGUCAGAGUUUGAAAAGUGCAGUUCAAGCGUCGAAUCUGAGAAAAUUCAAGAGGGAAUAUCGGUGAACAGUAAACAUUCCCAAGUAGACUUAGAGGUUAAACCUGAAGAAAAUAAUGAUCCAACCCUAGUGCCUCCUUUGGAGUUGAAUCAAGAAGCAAAUAGCUCUGAUGAAAUUUUAUCUUCCAAAAACUCCACGGCACGGCAAGUGGAACUUUUGGAAGGUGAAAAAUCGAAUUUUGUGCCUACAAAGUGUGAUGAUGUCAUAGUAGAAAUACCACAGAGUCAAGAUAGCAAUACAAAAAGUAAAAUAUUGACUGCCAAAUCUUCGACAAGUAGUACUGAGGAUCCAAAAAAUAUCUAUAAGGAGUUAGAAGAAAAUUUUUGUCCCCUGAAAACUGAAGAAAAACUAUGUACCUCACCUAAAGAUAGUGCAGUUAUAGAGACACCAAAGGCAGAUAAAAUUAAGAAAAAACUAAAAAGUACUACACUUUCCCAUAGCCCAUCUUCAGAUAAGUCUAACGCGAAAUAUGCAUCUCCAGAAAGCCCCCUUAAAAUAAUCCUACAUAAUAAAAUACGAGAAGAAGACUACGUUAUGGUCAAGGGUCCACUGUACGUUUAUAAGCCGCUACUAGAAACAGAACCAAAACUGAUCAUAUUCCCUGAAGGUAAACAAGAAAAUCGUCUUGCUUCCCCGCCAGUGAGUGAAAAGAGCCAUAACACGUUUACUGUGGAAAAUCCACCGGACUAUCAAAGUAUUGAUGAAGGCGUUCAAUAUAACACCAGUCUUCACUCGAUUCACGUCAAUCAUACUUUGGAACAUAUCCUGGAGCUUACUAGAAGAGCCUACACGCAGUUCAACGAUUUAAAACUACUGCAGGGCGAUUACGAUUUGACUCCUGAAAAAGAUGAUUCUGGAAAAUAUCACAAUUUACUGGUUGACGUAGGUACAACGGUGUCUGGACAGAAUAUGACUGAUAAUCUACUAUUGUCUGAUGAUUAUCUUACUAAUAGAUCUAGAGUGGUGGAAGAACAUAAAAUCCCAGAGUUAGGUAGAGGAGACACAAUUGACGAGUAUGCCAGGUUUGAGCAGAGAUUGCUAGACAGUAACUAUGUGAUUAAUAACAGGAAUUUAUCUAGCAGAAGUGUUCCUAAAUUAAGAUUAAAUAGUGGUAAGCUGAUAAGUAAUAGCAAUAUAGCAGAUAAUCAGGACAUUGUAUACAAAGUGUCUAGUGACCUAAUUAAAUUUGAUGAUUCACCAGCAUCCCAAGACUCGUCUUCUAUAAGAUCGGAGGGUGAGGCCCAAAUUAUAGAAGGUUCCAAUAGUGAUUUGCAUUGGGAUCUAUUUAAUUUGUAGUAAUCCUAAAUAAAUUUAUUUAGUAUUAUA